GGGAGGCCAGCGCCAUCCUGGUGAAGGCCCAAGCCAAGGCCGAGGCCAUCGGACUUCUGAGCAUGGCUCUGACCCAGCAGAAUGGCAACAUGGCGGCUUCCCUAUCGGUGGCUGAGCAGUACGUGCAGGCCUUCUCCCAGCUGGCGAAAGAGUCCAACACCAUCCUCCUGCCCACCAGCACCGGAGACGUGACCAGCAUGGUCGCCCAGGCCCUGACCAUCUACUCCUCCCUGACCAAGACUCAGGAGCCUCCCGAGAGCCUGGAGGGCCCCGCUGACCCUCCCCGGUUGGCACAGCAGCCCCCCAGGACCAGCUAUGAGGAACUGGAGCAGUCGAGCACCAGCUAGCCGGAGCCCCCAGGGCCCCCCCAAGGACUGGCCC